UCCAAUUCAGUCAUUCCACAUAAAUGGAAAGAGUCGGAGCUACUGCUGUAGUGUCGCAUUAAUUCAGCAGCGCACAGCGCCAGAGCUUUGCGUUUUGUGAAUUACGCACGGGAGGACCUGGAGAGCGGAGGUGAAUAUUCAGCAGAGCACUCAGAACUCGUUGAGUGCGUAAUACGGAGACGCCGGGAACCCCAGUCAAUGUGGACACGCUUGUUUUUUCGUAAUGAACAUAUAUUCUUUAGUUUGAUACGUUUGAGCUUAUAGUUUAUUUUGCGCCCACUUCUUAUUCAUGGGAACUCCUACUUUUACGACAGAUUGUAUGUUAAUGGUUAAUUUUUUGCCUUAGUGCAUAAGAUAGCCUACUCUAUAUUUGUAUUGGAUCUGACCUGAUCAUCUGAAUUUUCUACCAUUCGUAUAGUGUUUAAGGAAGACAUGGCAGUUUGCAAGGGACGUUUGCUGGGCGUCUCGGUGGCCGUCGCGCAUGGAUUAUUUUCGGGAUCGCUCAAUAUUUUGUUAAAAUUCCUCAUCACGACGUAUAGCUUCACGUAUUUGACUUUAAUUCAGUGUCUGACCAGUGGCACUGCGGCGCUCACAUUAGAGGUUUUGAGGAGACUGGGUAAAAUAGACAUACCACCUUUCAGCUUUCAGUUAGUGAAAGUUUUCGCGAGUGUCUGUAUUUUGGCAACUCUGCAGUCCACGUUAACUCUUUGGUCUCUCAAAGGACUGAGUUUACCCAUGUAUGUUGUGUUUAAGCGAUGCUUACCCUUGGUUACGUUGGGAAUUGGAGUGUGUGUUCUGAAGAAUGGGAUCCCAUCACCUGGGGUUAUAGCAGCAGUUCUCAUCACCACUGGUGGAGCAGCACUGGCUGGUGCAGGAGAUUUAACAGGUGACCCUUUUGGCUACAUGACUGGUGUUUUAGCUGUCAUCGUCCAUGCCUCCUACCUGGUACUUAUCCAGAAAGCAAGUGCAGACAGUGAUUAUGGCCCACUCACAGCCCAGUACACCAUUGCCGUAGUCGCAUCUCCAGUUCUAUUAAUCUGUUCCAUCAUAAGCAUGGAUGCCAUAGACAUGUGGACCUAUGAAGGUUGGAAGAACCCUAUUAUCACAGGUAUCUUUUGUGCUUGUGUCCUCAUCGGCUGUGCGAUGAACUUCACCACACUGCAUUGCACCUAUAUCAACUCUGCCGUGACCACCAGCUUUGUAGGUGUGGUAAAGAGUAUAGCCACCAUCACGGUGGGCAUGCUGGCCUUCAGUGACGUCUCGCCAACCAAACUGUUUGUGGCAGGCAUAGUGGUUAACACAAUCGGCUCUAUCACAUACUGUAUAGUGAAGUACCAUGAAACACAAAAGAAAUUGAACUACCAGGAUAUGGACGAGGCCACCAAGGAUGAAGAACUUCCAGGAGAAACUUGUGUGGAACCAGCCAAGCCUGAUGGGGAUAUGGAAACUCUUCCAAACAAUCUUGACAGUAUUCCGAAUGGCAGCCUGACUGCAUCAGUUGAUGGCAAUGAUCAGGAUCCCAUUGGUGAGAAUAAAGUUGCAGAAUCCAUAGAAUUAGAAAGACCAGCAGUCCGAUCAGACAGCAACCCUGCAAGAAAUUCUCUAAGCGACAGUUAUACAGGAGUCUGGAGAUCCAUCCGCACCUUAAAGUUCCUCAAGAAAGAUACUUUACUUGACAAUAUGGAGGUUCAAAGUCCUUGAUGAUUGGAUGUCUGCAAGAAAUGCAUGUUAAGUGUUAAAAAAAACUGAUGGUGUGCACAAUGUUUACCUUUUACUCUCCCGAAUAUGGUUUUAUGGAUAAUAUUUAUAUUUUUAAAGAGGUAUAGUCUGUUUGUACAUUAGAGGGAAUAUAACAUAGCAUUUUGGAGAUUAUGAAAACGAUAUUGAGGAAUCCAACAUAUGUACCAAUUUAUUGACUUAAAAAUAAAAUAAAGGAUCCUCUGAUUUACAUAAUCUUUCUCAUCAAAUGAAAGACAGUUUAAAAAUGACUUUCGAAAAUCAAAAUACAGUACAAAGACAAAUAUCUCAAUUUAAUUGGAUUGCUUUUGAUUUUGAAUGUUUAUUUAUGUUUCUUUGCACGCAAUGUCUGUGCCUGUGUUUUGUCUACGAAUGCAAUUCUUGAACGUGAGGCAGUGAAUUUUUCCAUUUGCAUGUAGAAUGGAAAAUUAUUGAAAAUUACUUUAUAUAUACACUGGCGGCCAAAAGUUUGGAAUAAUGAACAGAUUUUGCUCAUAUGGAAAGUCAUUGGUACUUGUAUUCACCAAAGUGGCAUUCAACUGAUCACAAUGUAUAGACAGAACAUUAAUGACGUGAAAAUGACUAUUACAAUUUGAGUUAAACUACUUCAGAGUUCUCAUCCUCCACGUGAAUCAAUGACAGAUACUCCAGAUUCUCAGGUGACAUUUCACCCCACACGUCCUGUAGCACUUGCCAUAGAUGUGGCUGUCUUGUCUGGCAUGUCUCAUGCGCCUUACAGUCUAACUGAUCCCACAAAAGCUCAACGGUUUUAAGAUCCAUAACACUCAUUUCCAAUUAUUUUUCUGUUUCAAACAUGUCUUUUUCUUUGCAAUUCUUCUCAUAAGGCCUGCACCCUUGAGUCUUCUCUUUACUGUUGUAAUGAAACUGGUGUUGAGCAUGUAGAAUUCAAUGAAGCUGUCAGCUGAGGACAUAAGAGAUGUCUAUUUCUCAAACUAGAGACUCUGAUGUACUUAUCCUCUUGUUUAGUUGAACAUUUGACCUUCCACAUCUCUUUCUGUCCUUGUUAGAGCCAGUUUUCCUUUGUCUUUGAAAACUGCAGUGUACAUCUUUGUAUGAAAUCUUCCGUUUUUUGGCAAAUUCAAGCAUUGUAUAGCCUUCAUUCCUCAAAACAAUGACUGACUGACGAGUUUCUAGAGAAAGCGGUUUCUUUUUUGCCAUUUUUGACAUAAUAGCAACGUUCCUCCAUGGUCCUGGAGGAACGUUGUCUCGUUUUGCUGUGUACUGUACUAACUGUAUAUGGUUGAAACGACAAUAAAAACCACUUGACUUGACUUGACUUGACUUAAGACAUGCCAGUCUAUUGCAUAUUGUGGUACCUCAAAAAAAAAAAUACGAAGACCAUGUUAAGCUUCAUUUAAUGGGCCAAAUAGCUUUCAACUGUGUUUGAUAUAAUGGCAAGUGAUUUUCUAGAACCAAAUUAGCAGUUUAUCAUGAGUACUCAAGGAUAAGGUGUGUAGUGAUGCCUGCUGGAAAUGGGGCAUGUGCACAUUUGAUCAAAAAUUACAUUUUUCAGAUAGUGAUGGUGCUGUUUUUUACAACAGUAAUGUCUUGAAUAUACUUUGUGAUCAUUUGAAUGCCACUUAGGUGAAGUAAAGUACCAAUUUCCUUUGAAACAGCAAAAUCUGUACAUUCUUCCAAACUUUUGGCUGCCAUGUAAAUUAUGAUCUAUUUGUAUCUUUAAUAAUGUGCAUAAUACAUACCCAUAAUACAUACCCACCAAUAGUUUUAGUUUGAUUAAACUGCAAUCAUUUAAAAAAACAUCUUUGAAUACCAGAUGUCCAUGAUACAGUUUGUUUUUCAGAACAAUAUACUGUAGAUCUGGAAGCUACAUUUUGAGCAAAAUAACAGUAGGUUAUUGUGAAUUCAAUUUCUUUAGAGCCUGUAUUGGCUUACUUUACCAUAGUGAAUGUUUACUCAUUCCAUUAUAAAUUAUUUCAUUGUUGUUUUUGUUUUUUGUAGCAGAAGUACCAUUACAAUGGUAGGGAUUGCUAGACUACUAAAAAUGGCAAAACUGUAUAAACAAAUAGAUUUCUAAAUAUAGAAGCCCUGCAGCAUUUCCUUAUCCAAACACACAAAAUUAACAUGUCUCUUUAGCAUACCUGCCAAAAUGAGGACAUAAGCAAUGUGUUCAAUUAAGAUUUACUUGCAUAGUCAGCAGUUUAACUGCAGGAUGAUAUGUCCAAGGGUGCCUUUUAAAUAAAGUGGGGUUAAAAGUCUGAGACCACAUUGAAAAUCUGGGAUUCAUUAUUUAAUUUUAAACAAGAAAAUGUCAGGAUAUUGAAAAAAUGAAAACAAAGAAAUCUAAUCAGUAAAAUGAAUACAAAAUAUUUAAGAUUCUGCAAUGUUGUAACUAACAAAUAAUUACAUUUGUGACUUUAACCAUGUUAACACCUGUACAAAAGGUGAGAUUUCCUUGCUUCUAUUGAGGCGCACAAGAUUACAACUCAUGCACAAAUUGCUGGAUAACAUGUACUGUCUCAUUAAAUUU